AUUACUUUGGCAAAGUAAUGCUCCUAUAUUCCUAUCUUAUGUCAUUCAGGAGUUCCCCAUGUUUGAACAUCUAAGGGUAAUGGUUUUUGAUGAAAUGAUAUAUCUGAUACAUGUAAAAGAAAUGGCUGAGCAUGUGAGGUCAAGUUUGGAUUCAGAAAUAGAGCUUCUAUUUGUAGAUCUAGAACAGGAUCCUUCAAAGGUUUCAUUUUUGCCUCAUGCUUUUAUUGUGCAAAUUUUCUUUUCCACUCUAGAUGUGACACUUUGUCUUAUUUGAGUGAGAAACUUCUCUUUUUGUUCAAGAUGACAACAAACGAAGACAAAAGCUCACUAGGAAUGCAAUUUAUGUCAAUUAAGAAGUUCUUUUCUCUAUAUAUAUAUAUUUUGCCUCUUGAUGAAAUGAACAAUGAUCCCCUUGCCACAUGACAGGAUAGAUCACAUGGCUAAUGCCAAUUCCUCUAGCGAGCCUACCUCUUCUCAAUCCUCUCAAGUUGUUGAUCUCAGUGGCUGCAUCCCUGGUACUCAGGUCAAUGUGCCAACUUUAAAUGUGCAACUCGUUGACCUCAUUUUUCUUUCAGAUGGCUUCUUGGUAAUCCAGUCGUUUACUUGUUCAGCAAAGAUCAUAUUAAAGAUGCUCUAUAUAAUCAAUCUUUCAACCAAAUCCCUUCAUAUCUAACAAUUAGUGUGCAGGCGUGCUAUUGCCAAUAAAGGAUCUUAACUUGAAGAACUGAUGAGUUUCUCAGUGCCCCAUGAUUUGAGCUUUGGAGGGAACAAUGAAACGUGGGCGGUGAAUUUUCUGGCCAGCAUGCAAUCAAGGUGGGAGAAAUGCAAAACAAACUUGGAGGUCCUUGAAGGUGGAGGUUGUGGAAUGCUAUCCGCAGGCCAGUGGCUUAUAGCAGCUGUCAACACCAACACGCCCUCAACUUCCAAAAUCCGUAUUUGGAGUGCCAAUAACAAGUAGUAACAAAGAUCAGGAAAAAAAAUUAUGAAUAAAGCAUGUAUGAAGCAAAUCAAAUUUGUUAGUUCAUCAAAUUUAAAAGGUUGGUGAAUGGCGAAGGCCCAAUAAACAAAUCAAAAAGAUUGAUAAAUUGAAUAAGUUACUAAAUCAAAAGUCAAUCACUCC